AUUCAAUUUCAUCAGUUUAACGUAACAAUCAGCAUUCUUUAUGGCGUAAACAACGUAAAAAAGUGUAGCUUGAAAACUGUCUGUGUUUUAGAGAGACUGUACCAUUUUCCUAGUGCGCCACAUUGAGUGUGGCCUUGAAUUCAUUAUCUGCUACAAGGCAGAUCUGCUAUUUGUUGUCUCUGAGGUCGAGAGAGAGGAAGAGGGGUGGUGAAAAAAUUUGAUGAAUUAUCAAGAUUUUCCGUCAUUUUUGCAAUCAAAGUAACGUUUAAAAUACAAGUUAACACAUAGGCAUAUAUUUGUGAUAAGUCAUUUGCGUUUUGGUUUUCGCUUGUGCCUCUGCUCCAAUCCAGAAUGAGCAUCACGGGCGAGUUCGUCGAGCGACUGCGGACCGAGUUCGCGGCCGACCCGAAGAACCGUCUGGCGCAGAACAUCUGCACCAAGUAUGACCCGAAAGAGGCGGCCAGGUCGCGCAGCGCCCUCGAGGAGGUCAACCACGUGUUCCAGCACAAGGUGGACGAGGUGCGGCCGCGCACCUGCCAGGGCUCCACCGGCCGGUGCUGGAUCUUCGCCGGACUCAACGCCAUGCGCAUCCCGCUCAUGAAGAAGCUCGACAUUGAGGAGUUCGAGUUCAGCCAGGCCUACCUGUUCUUCUGGGAUAAGGUGGAGCGGUCCAACUACUACCUGCACACGGUGGUGGAGACGGCGCGGCGCGGCGAGCCCGUCGACGGACGGCUGGUCAGCUUCCUCCUCUCGAGCCCUGUGUGUGACGGCGGCCAGUGGGAUAUGCUGCUCAACCUCAUCAACAAGUACGGCGUCAUGCCGAAAAAGUGCUUCCCCGACGCGCACAACUCCAAGUCCUCGGGCGUCAUGAACACGAUACUCGCCAGCAAGCUGCGGGAGUACACCCGCGACCUGCGCCACCUGGUCCAGAAGGGCGCCACCGAGGCAGACGUCGAGUCGACCAUCAAAGACCAGAUGACGCACAUCCACCGGAUCGUCUCCAUCUGCAUGGGCAUGCCGCCGGCCUCCUUCACCUGGGAGUACUACGACAAGAACAAGGCCUACCACAAGGUCGGGCCCGUCUCGCCGCUCGACUUCUACGAGGAACACGUCAAGCCGCACUUCAAUGCCUCUGACCUGGUAUGCCUCAUCCACGACCCGCGUCCGGGCCACAACACGGGCGACGCGUACACGGUCGACUGUCUUGGCAACAUGGUGGGCGGCCGGCGCACCAUCUACAACAACCAGCCGGCCGAGCUGCUGGCGCGCCUGGCGGCCGCCUCCAUCAAGGAGGGCAACCCCGUCUGGUUCGGCUGCGAGGUCACCAAGGCGUUCGCCGGCAAACUGGGCAUCCAGGACCCGCUCAUCCACGACUACAAGCUGGUGUUCGGCACGGACGUCUGUCUGCCGAUGACCAAGGCCGAGCGGCUGAUGCACGGCGAGUCGAUGAUGGACCACGCCAUGUGCUUCACGGGCGUUACGCUGGACGAUGACGGCACGCCGGUCAAGUGGCGCGUGGAGAACUCCUGGGGCGAGGAUUACGGCGACUCGGGCUACCUGGUCAUGUCGCACAGCUGGUUCCUCCAGUUCGUGUUCGAGGUGGUGGUGCACAAGAAGUACGUCCCGGAGGAGGUGAUGGCCGUGUUUGAGAAGGAGCCCACCGUGCUGCCUGCCUGGGACCCGCUCGGAGCUCUGGCCCGUGUGUAGGCGGACCGGACGCACUGGCGCCACCGGAGGAGCCGCCGCCGCCGGGUCGCUGGCACCGCGCCGCGGAAUCCAGCGACCGCCGGCAAUGACCAUUCUCGGCUGGCUGGGAGACUGAUUGGCCUGCUGCUGACUUCUGAACCCGGUGUGGAUAUGGCGUGGAUAUCAUGAAUGUGAACUCACUAUUUACUCUCUGGCAACGACACGAAUCAGUUCGGGUGUAUACUGAUCAAGGAACGUUCGCCAUAAUUGAACGAACGCUAUUAGAGAUACUUAACCUAUAGAAAGAUCCUUUGAAUCAAAGUGGUUUCAUAUCAAAUCUAGCCUAUUUUCUUUGGCCUAGUCUGACCUUCGAGGAGAUCGGACGGUUUGACUGAGUGACCUCCCAGGACAUCGGGUACUCGGUCGCGGACCACGUUGGCAGCGUCGCAACACGGUGCCUGGUGCCUGAGCGUGGCGGGCGGUCCGCAGACGGCGGUGGCGAGCAUUGUUAGUACAACGCCGGUCGAGGAGCCAGUACGGGGCGGCGGGACUAGGCACGAGCGCCGCAUGCGGCAGCCCUCAGCUCGGUCUCGCGAUUCCGCCGCCGCCGCGCGCCAAGAUCUGAUGGUUGACGGGCGUCGCGCCGGGC